CAGAGAGCCCUCUACAGGGACGUCAUGCAGGAGAACCAUGAGACGGUGACCUCGCUGGCAGGAUUCCCCGUUCCCAAACCUGACCUGAUCUCCCAGCUGGAACGAGGGGAAGAGCCGUGGGUCCCAGAUCUCCAGGCCUCUGAGGAAAGUGUGAGCCCGAGAGGCACCUGCACAGCAGGUGAUAGGACAGUGAGUGAGAACAAGGAAGAGAAUCAGCAGCAGGAAGGUCCUCAGCGAGUGGAACAGCAUGAGAGGUUUUUGAGCAGAGCUGAAGGGAAUUUUUCCCAGUGCUUGAAACAGGGAGAAGCCUGGGGAGAUCAACACGGAUCAGAGAUGCAGCUGGGAAACUAUCCCAGGAAGAAACUGGAUGAAUCCUCUGAAUGUGAUGGAGGAUGGAAGGAUCCCAAGGAAACCACCAUCCAGAAGACAAGUCACAAUGAAGAGAAACCCUACAAAUGCCUUGACUGUGGGAAAAGAUUCCAUUUCAGUGCAAACCUUCUUACACAUCGGAGAACCCACACAGGACAGAAGGCCUACGAAUGCUUGGACUGUGGGAAGAGCUUCCGUCAGAGGUCAGGCUUUACUACACACCAGAGACUGCACACAGGAGAGAAACCCUAUAAAUGCUUUGGCUGUGAGAAAAGCUUCGUACACAAGUCCAGGCUUAUUGUACACCAGAGAGUACACACAGGAGAAAGACCCUAUAUAUGCCGUGAGUGUGGGAAAGCUUUUAUUCAGGGCUCAGGGCUUAUUAGACAUGAGAUCAUCCACACAGGAGAGAGACCCUUUAAAUGCCAUGAGUGUGGGGAAAGUUUUAUUCAGAACUCAAAGCUUAUUACACAUCAGCAAAUCCACACAGGAGAGAGACCUUAUAAAUGCUUUGAGUGUGGGAAAGGUUUUAUUCAAAAUGCAGCACUUAUUGAACAUGAGAGAACUCACACUGGAGAGCGACCCUAUGAAUGCCUCGAGUGUGGGAAAAGUUUCAGUUUGAAAUCAACCCUUAAUGCACAUCGGAAAACCCACACAGGAGAGAGACCCUAUAAAUGCCUUGAGUGUGGGAAAUGUUUUAGUGAGAGCACAGGACUUGUUAGACAUAGGAGAAUCCACACAGGAGAAAGACCCUAUAAAUGCCAGGAGUGUGGGAAAAGUUUCAAUGUGAAAUCAACCCUUAAUCUACAUCAGAAAAUGCACACAGGAGAGAGACCCCAUAAAUGCUUGGACUGUGGGGAAAGCUUCAUUCAGAAGUCAAAGCUUAGUGAACACCAGAGAGAACAUCAUGGAGAGAGACCAUAUAAAUGCCUCGACUGUGGGGAAAGUUUCCCUGACCGAAGAAAACUUACUAGACAUCAGAGAAUCCAUACAGGAGAGAGGCCCCAUAAGUGCUUUGACUGUGGGAAAAGCUUCAUACACAAGUGCAGACUUGUUUUGCACCAGAAGAGAGUGCACAUGGGAGAGAAACCCUUUAAAUGCCAUGAAUGUGGGAAAGGUUUUAGUCAAAGUGAUCAUCUUAUUACACAUCAGCGAACCCACACAGGAGAGAGACCCUAUGGAUGCCUUGAGUGUGGGAAAACUUUCCGUUACCGCUCAAAUCUUACUAGACAUGGGAAAAUCCACACCAGAAAGAUGCAUUAUAAAUGCCUCGACUGUGGGGAAAGCUUCAGUAAGAGCUCAGCGCUGACCAAGCAUGAGAGAAGCCACAAGGGUGAGAAGAAAAAGGAGAAGAAACGCCUCUGUGAAAUCAGGAUGGAAGGUAAUUUUACAGGGCUGAGGAAUCAUGUCCACCUGUCGCUCCAGAUCCUCCCGUCUUCCAUGGGACAGGGAAGGGAAAUGGCUGUGAUGGAGCCAGCUCAGAUGCCGGUGACCUUCGAGGAGGUGGCUGUGUAUUUCACCCAGGCGCAGGGGGCUCUGCUGGACCCCGCUCAGAGAGCCCUCUACAGGGAUGUCAUGCAGGAAAACCAUGAGACGGUGACAUCGCUGGCAGGAUUCCCCGUUCCCAAACCUGACCUGAUCUCCCAGCUGGAACGAGGGGAAGAGCCGUGGGUCCCAGAUCUCCAGGCCUCUGAGGAAAGUGUGAGCCCGAGAGGCACCUGCACAGCAGGUGAUAGGACAGUGAGUGAGAACAAGGAGGAGAAUCAGCAGCAGGAAGGUCCUGAGCGAGUGGAACCGCAUGAGAGGUUUUUGAGCAGAGCUGAAGGGAAUUUUUCCCAGUGCUUGGAACAGGGAGAAGCCUGGGGAGAUCAACACGGAUCAGAGAUGCAGCUGGGAAACUAUCCCAGGAAGAAACUGGAUGAAUCCUCUGAAUGUGAUGGAGGAUGGAAGGAUCCCAAGGAAACCACCAUCCAGAAGACAAGUCACAAUGAAGAGAAACCCUACAAAUGCCUUGACUGUGGGAAAAGAUUCCAUUUCAGUGCAAACCUUCUUACACAUCAGAGAAUCCACACAGGAGAGAAGGCCUACGAAUGCUUGGACUGUGGGAAGAGCUUCCGUCAGAGGUCAGGCUUUACUACACACCAGAGACUGCACACAGGAGAGAAACCCUAUAAAUGCUUUGGCUGUGAGAAAAGCUUCGUACACAAGUCCAGGCUUAUUGUACACCAGAGAGUACACACAGGAGAGAGACCCUAUAUAUGCCGUGAGUGUGGGAAAGGUUUUAUUCAGGGCUCAGGGCUUAUUAGACAUGAGAUCAUCCACACAGGAGAGAGACCCUUUAAAUGCCAUGAGUGUGGGGAAAGUUUUAUUCAGAACUCAAAGCUUAUUACACAUCAGCGAACCCACACAGGAGAGAGACCUUAUAAAUGCUUUGAGUGUGGGAAAGGUUUUAUUCAAAAUGCAGCACUUAUUGAACAUGAGAGAACUCACACUGGAGAGCGACCCUAUGAAUGCCUCGAAUGUGGGAAAAGUUUCAGUUUGAAAUCAGCUCUUAAUGCACAUCGGAAAACCCACACAGGAGAGAGACCCUAUAAAUGCCUUGAGUGUGGGAAAUGUUUUAGUGCGAGCACAGGACUUGUUAGACAUAGGAGACUCCACACAGGAGAAAGACCCUAUAAAUGCCAGGAGUGUGGGAAAAGUUUCAAUGUGAAAUCAACCCUUAAUCUACAUCAGAAAAUGCACACAGGAGAGAGACCCCAUAAAUGCUUGGACUGUGGGGAAAGCUUCAUUCAGAAGUCAAAGCUUAGUGAACACCAGAGAGAACAUCAUGGAGAGAGACCAUAUAAAUGCCUCGACUGUGGGGAAAGUUUCCCUGACAGAAGAAAACUUACUAGACAUCAGAGAAUCCACACAGGAGAGAGGCCCCUUAAGUGCUUUGACUGUGGGAAAAGCUUCAAACACAAGUGCAGGCUUAUUUUGCACCAGAAGAGAGUGCACAUGGGAGAGAAACCCUUUAAAUGCCACGAGUGUGGGAAACGUUUUAGUCAAAGUGCACAUCUUAUUAUACAUCAGCGAACCCACACAGGAGAGAGACCCUAUGGAUGCCUUGAGUGUGGGAAAACUUUCUGUUACCGCUCAAAUCUUACUAGACAUGGGAAAAUCCACACCAGAAAGAUGCAUUAUAAAUGCCUCGACUGUGGGGAAAGCUUCAGUAAGAGCUCAGCGCUGACCAAGCAUGAGAGAAGCCACAAGGAUUUGCUGCUUCUUUGAACAGUGAAAAUGACCAGUGUCUGUCAGCAAAGCACUGAGGGUGAGUGCUGGAUACAGACUCCAGGAGUCAGGGACUGCAAUGGGGAAGGAAGUGACUGUCUGAUCCCUUUGGAGAUGUGAGAUACUGUCAGGCGGGGGAGAGGGUGGCCGGGUGGGCAGGGCCUUGAAAGGGCACUGUUUGCUCUUGCGAGCCAGAGAGCUGAGUCUGAGAACUGUGAACUCACUGCUCAUGUCCCAGAGAGAGAGGAAAUGUCCUACAAGUGCUGGGUGAAGUUGUCCUUCAACUCCGAAGGGCUACAAUUGAAGCCCCGAGAGGACUGAUGUGGAGAGGACUCAGCGACUCCCUGUUGCUGAGAGGAGGAGGCCGGGCAAAUGCCUCUCUCAUGGAUUGUUAGCGCUUUUCUACCAGCUUUAACUUGUUCCUCUUUCCCUGGGGCACCUGUGUGGCUGGAGCAGCAAUGUGCUGCGCUGGGGCUGAAAUCCACCAUGCUGAGCUGGGCGUUGGAUGCUGGUGGGGGUUGGUAUUAACUUUUAUUUCUUGGUUUGAAUAGAAUAAAGUAGAAUUUAGUUUUUCGAA